AUGCCAGAACCUCAAAAUAUUCAUGAGCUCAAAAGUCUUCAAGGAAAGCUUACCUACAUUAGGAGGUUCAUAUUCAACUUGGUCGGACACUGUCAACCCUUCAGUCACCUUAUGAAGAAAGAUGUCCCAUUCAAGUGGGAUGAAGCAUGUAGAAAUGGUUUUGAGAGCAUCAAAACAUACUUGCUAAAUCCCCUUGUUCUACGAGCACCCAUACAGGGGUGGCCACUUAUUCUUUACAUAGCAGUUCAAGAACGAUCUUUAGGAGUGCUUCUGGCUCAAGAAAAUGAAGAAGGAAAGGAGAACGCUCUCUAUUACUUGAGUAGAACCCUAAAUGGUGCUGAAUUCAAUUAUUCACCAAUUGAAAAGACAUGUUUAGCUUUGAUGUUUGCCAUCCAAAAGCUAAGACAUUACCUGCAUGCCCAUUCAAUACGGCUCAUUUCACGAGCAGAUCCCAUCAAAUACAUCAUGACUAAGCCAGUUCUUUUAGGAAGUAUAGCAAAAUGGGCUCUCUUACUCCAAGAGUUUGAGAUAAUAUAUGUUCAACAAAAAGCAAUGAAAGGACAAGCUUUGGUCGACUUCCUUGCUGACCAUCCUAUUCCUGAUGAUUGGGAGAUGUCUGAUGACCUUCCUAAUGAAGAAGUAAUGGUCGUUGAAAUUUCACAACCUUGGAAGAUGUUCUUUAAUGGAGCUGCUCAACAUUGUGGUGCCGGUGCCGAAGUAGUGUUUGUAACUCCAGAAGGGGAUAUACUCUCGUAUACAUUUACUCUUACAGAAUGUUGUUCAAACAAUGUUGCUCAAUAUCAAGCACUAAUCCUAGGUUUGGAAAUGGCAAUGGAUGCAAAAACAACUCGUUUGGAGGUCUUUGGUGAUUCAAAGUUAAUCAUAAACCAAGUGCUUCUACACUAUGAUGUGAAGAAGCCGAAAUUGAUUCAUUAUUGCAAAUACGCCAAGAGGCUUCUGGGAUGGUUUGAUCAUAUUAGUAUUACACAUAUCCCAAGAAAUGAGAAUAAACAAGCUAAUGCCUUGGCAAAAUUAGCAACAACUCUUGCUUUACCAAAUUCCGAGAUAAAAAUUCCAAUAUGCCAAACAUGGGUAAUACCUCCCAACUUUGAUGAGGAUGAGAUAGAAGAAGAAGUUAAUGCAAUUUUAGUUUUUGAAAUAGAAAGAGAAGAUUGGCGGCAACCUAUCAUUGAUUAUAUAGAACAUGGAAAAUUGCCCAAUGACCCUCGACAUAGAACAGAAAUCUGGCGACGAACUCCACGUUUUGUUUAUUACAAGAAUACUUUAUAUCGUCGUUCUUUCGAUGGUCUUCUCCUUCGUUGCUUGGAUGAUAAGGAAACUGCCAAGGCAUUUGAAGAAGCUCACUCAGGGAUUUGUGGUGCUCACUAG